AGAAAACUUUUCUUUCUGGGUUUACGAGAACUGAGCUGAAGUGGGAAACGUUAUUUGCUUUGACGAAACAAUUUACUUUUGUGCAACAUUAAGUUGUGUCAAACAAGCAAAUAAAGGAAGAAGCUUAAAAUUGCCUGCUUCUGAUUUCACUUCAUUGCUUCUCAGGCUCCAAGAGGGAAAAAAAUGAAGAUUUUGUGCCUGAGUAUUUUUCUAUUUUUACAUAGUAACUCAGCCUGGGCGAAAGAGAAGCAUUAUUACAUCGGAAUUAUUGAAACAACUUGGGACUAUGCCUCUGACAAUGAGAAGAAACUUAUCUCAGUUGACACGGAACAUCCCGAUAUCUAUCUUCAAAAUGGCCCAAAUAGAAUUGGAAGGGUCUAUAAGAAGGCCCUUUACCUUCAGUACACAGACAAAACCUUUACGACAGUUAUAGAAAAACCUAUCUGGCUGGGGUUUUUAGGCCCUGUUAUCAAAGCUGAAACUGGAGAUAAGGUUUAUGUACACUUAAAAAACUUUGCUUCUAGGCCCUACACUUUUCAUCCACAUGGAAUAACAUACUAUAAGGAACAUGAGGGGGCCAUCUAUCCUGAUAACACCACACAUUUUUACAAAGCAGAUGACAAAGUGUAUACAGGCGAACAGUACACAUACAUAUUGGAUGCCAGCGAAGACCAAAGUCCUGGUGAGGAAGAUAGCAAUUGUGUGACCAGGAUUUACCAUUCCCACAUUGAUGCUCCAAAAGAUAUCGCUUCAGGACUCAUCGGACCUUUAAUAAUCUGUAAAAAAGAUUCUCUGGAUAAUGAAAAAGAAAAAAAUAUUGACCAAGAAUUUGUGGUGAUGUUUUCUGUGGUGGAUGAAAAUCUCAGCUGGUACCUAGAUGACAACAUUAAAACCUAUUGCUCUGAACCAGAGAAAGUUGACAAAGAUGAUGAAGACUUCCAGGAGAGUAACAGGAUGUAUUCUGUGAAUGGAUACGCUUUUGGAAGUCUCCCAGGUCUCUCCAUGUGUGCAGAGGACAAAGUCAGAUGGUAUCUUUUUGGUAUGGGUAAUGAAGUGGAUGUGCACGCAGCUUUCUUCCACGGCCAAGUGUUGACUAAUAAGAACUACCGGAUUGAUACAGUCAAUCUCUUUCCUGCUACCCUAUUCGAAGCUUUUAUGGUGGCCCAGAAUCCUGGAGAAUGGAUGCUUAGCUGUCAGAAUCUAAACCACCUGAAAGCUGGUCUCCAAGCCUUUUUCCAGGUACAAGACUGUAACAAGCCUUCAUCAGAGGACGAUAUCCGUGGGAAACAUGUUAGACAUUACUACAUUGCUGCUGAGGAAAUCAUCUGGAACUAUGCGCCUUCUGGAAUAGACACCUUCACCAAAAAAAACUUAAGAGCACCUGGAAGUGCUUCAGAGGUAUUUUUUGAACAGGGUUCUACAAGAAUUGGAGGAUCUUAUAAAAAGCUGGUUUAUCGUGAAUACACAGAUGCUUCCUUCACAAAUCAAAAGAAGAGAGGCCCUGAAGAGGAACAUCUUGGCCUCCUGGGUCCUGUCAUUUGGGCAGAGGUAGGAGAUACGAUCAGAGUCACUUUCCAUAACAGAGGAGCAUAUCCCCUCAGCAUUGAGCCAACUGGGGUGAGGGUCAGUAAGAACAACGAGGGCACAUACUAUACCUCAGUUCACAACCCCCUGAGUGGAAGUGUGCCUUCUCCUUCAGCUUCACACGUAGCACCCAAACAAACAUUCACCUACGAAUGGACUGUCCCCGAAGAAGUGGGACCCACUUACAAAGAUCCUGUCUGUCUAUCUAAGAUGUAUUAUUCUGCUGUGGAUCCCACCAAAGAUAUAUUCACUGGGCUUAUCGGGCCAAUGAAAAUAUGCAAGAAAGGAAGUUUACAUGCAAAUGGGAGACUGAAAGAUGUAGACAAGGAGUUCUACCUGUUUCCCACAGUGUUUGAUGAGAAUGAAAGUUUACUCCUGGAUGAGAAUAUUAGAAUGUUUACAACUGCACCUCAUCUGGUGAAUAAGGAAGAUGAAGACUUUCAGGAAUCUAAUAAGAUGCACUCCAUGAAUGGAUUCAUGUACGGGAAUCAGCCUGGUCUCAACAUGUGCAAAGGAGAUUCAGUCAUGUGGUACUUAUUCAGUGCUGGAAAUGAGGCUGAUGUACAUGGGAUUUACUUUACCGGAAACACAUAUCUGUCAAGAGGAGAAAGAAGAGACACAGCAAACCUCUUCCCUCAAGCAAGUGUUACACUCCUCAUGCAGCCUGAUGCUGAAGGGACUUUUGAAGUUGAAUGCCUGACAACCGAUCACUACACAGGAGGCAUGAAGCAAAAGUACACGGUGAACAAAUGCAAGCAAGAGUCUGAUGAUCCAAGCUUCUACCUGGCAGAGAGGACCUACUACAUCGCAGCAGUGGAGAUGGAAUGGGAUUAUUCCCCAAGCAGGGAAUGGGAACGGGAGCUGCAUCUCCUACAAGAACAAAAUGUUUCGAAUGCAUUUUUAGAUAAGGAAGAGUUUUACAUAGGCUCCAAGUACAAGAAGGUUGCAUAUCGGCAAUACACCGACAGCACGUUCAGAGUUCCCGUGGAGAGAAAGGCUGAAGAAGAACAUCUGGGCAUUCUAGGUCCACAACUUCAUGCAGAUGUUGGAGACAUAGUUAAAAUUAUCUUUAAAAACAUGGCCACAAGGCCCUACUCAAUACAUGCCCAUGGGGUGAAAACAGAGAGUUCUACAGUUACUCCAACUUUACCAGGUGAAAUUCACACUUACAUAUGGAAGAUCCCAGAUAGAUCUGGACCUGGAAUAGAGGAUUCUGCUUGUAUUCCAUGGGCCUACUAUUCAACUGUGGAUCAAGUUAAGGAUCUCUAUAGUGGAUUAAUUGGCCCACUGAUUGUUUGCCGAGGACACUACACGAAAGUAUUCAAUCCCAUCACAAAACUGGAAUUUUCCCUUCUGUUUUUUGUUUUUGAUGAAAAUGAAUCCUGGUACAUAGAUGACAACAUCAAAACAUACUCUGAACACCCUGAGAAAGUAAACAAAGACAAUGAGGAAUUCAUAGAAAGCAAUAAAAUGCAUGCUAUUAAUGGAAGAAUGUUUGGGAACCUGCAAGGCCUCACGAUGCACGUGGGAGAUGAAGUCAACUGGUAUCUGAUGGGAAUGGGCAACGAAAUCGACUUGCACUCGGUACAUUUUCAUGGCCACAGCUUCAGGUACCAGAGACCAAGUCUGGCUGAAAGAAAUAAAUUGGUGAUAAGUGGAAAAAAAAAAGAAAAAAACAAUGAUUCAUAACAAUGUACGUGAAAGUGCUGAAGAAAAAGUUUACUUUGGAAUGGCUAUAAGCAUAAAAAAAAAAGACUGAAAACAUACACUUUCAUGUAUUUGUGGCGGAAACUGUUACUUUGUUUCAUAUGAAAAGAUCAACAGACACAUGACUGACUCUAACACAAUUAUUAUUGAUUUACAUAAGUCCUUCAUAUCACCACCAGGACUUUAUAAAACUGUAUUCUCCACCCCCACCCCCAAAAUCUGUGACCAGAUGUUGUCCUUGAUGGUUCUUCAAAGAUUGCUAUUAAGAUUCAUUGAAAUGUUUUCAACCAUUGGCUUCCCAUCAAUCCCUUUAACAUGGUGCUGAUAUCAUUCUUAAUGAAUCAGCGGACAUGAGGGCAUAGGUGUAGAGAAAGUAAAAAAUUAUUUUAAAAUAAUAAAUUAAAAAUUAAAUUUUUUAAAUAAAAUAAAUUUUUAAAAUGAAAUAAAACAAGGUAAAAUAAAAAAUUAAAAUAAUGCCAAUCUAUCUGGAUUUUGUGAACCCUUGAAGAGAUGGUCAAAAGGAGAAUAAUCUGGAACUGAAGAAAGGCAAAAUUGACAAACAAUUGUACAGAUUAAAUCCUGGUAAAGAUGAACACUAACAUCAGGAGAAAAGUUUGAAAAUACAGUUGUGGCAGAUGCUGGGUGAGUAGCUUUUGGCCAGUCUUAAGUAAAGUCAAAGCACACUAUCAAUGAGCUGAACUUGGACUCAAAAUUGUUUAAUAAGAGGCUGAGAAAGAAGACACAAUUGUGAAUACAAUGAUAUAUUUCUUUAUUUUCACAUAUACUCUAGCUAAAAGAGAAAAAGUACACCAAUAAAAAAAACAGAAACAAGGCUUUGGCUGAAAAACAUGCAUCCAACAAAUUAUGUUAAUGGCCAGACAAGAAGACAACUAACUUUGUAAAUUUCUACUUCAUUGAUUCAGGGAGAAACCACAGCAUGAGUUUUAAAAGUAACAAAAAAGUAAAAUUUGAAAUCUUACUGUGGGAAAACAUUAACCUCUUUCUCAAAGAAAACUAUUCAAGAAGAAGGAGGAGAAGGAGGAGAAGAGACCUAAUUGAGAAAUCUGGAAAAAUCAAGAAGACUAAAUUUGGGACCACUUGGAGUGACAUUCUUUCAAACAUACCCACCAAAUGUUUCUUUGUGUUUCUGGGGUGAAAAAGAUUGUCACUUCUCUAACAACACUGAUUUGAUGUUCCUUGGAAUAAAAGUCAGUGUCUACUUCUAAAAACA